AUGGCAACGACAAGGAAGGCUCGCAGGGCGGUGCGGCCAGUGGCCGCAGUUGGCGGCGGGGGAUCCGGCGAGAAUGACGCGGAUGGGAGCGCGACGCGGAAGAAGGACGAGAGCAUUCAGCUGUACAGCCGCAUUGAGAGCCUGAUCUCAGAGUCUGCUCGGCAGUCCCAGGGCGCUGACGGGGCAGGGCAGUGGGAGGAGGUGGAGGGAGCAUGGGUGUUGCGGCCGCCGGCCCCCCUGCAGGCGACAGCAGUGGUGCACUUCGUGGGGGGAGUGUUUGUGGGCGCGUCCCCUCAGCUCACCUACCGCCUCUUCCUCUCCACGCUCGCACAGAGGGGGCUGAUGGUGGUAGCAACGCCAUACGCCAGCGGCUUCGACCAUUUGAGGAUCGCCGACGAGGCGCAGUUCAGAUUCGACCGCUGCAUGCGCUCGCUCUCCCUUAAAGCCCAGCCGCCCCAUGACCCCAUGGACCUGCCAGUGUACGGCGUGGGGCACUCCAUGGGCGCCCUCGUGCAUCUCCUCAUUGGUGCUCGCUACGCUGUGGAGAGAGCAGGAAACGUCUUUAUUUCCUUCAACAACAAGGAAGCGAGUGCGGCGAUACCCUUGUUCUCACCGGUCAUCAUGCCCAUGGCGCAGAGCCUGGGUCCCAUCCUCACGCAGCUGCUCGACAACCCCACCCUCAAACUCGGGGCUGACGUGGCAGUGAAGCAGCUGAGGGAUCUGAACGCACCAAUGGUGGCGCAGCUGCUGCCGCUGUUGGAGCAGCUCCCCCCUCUCUACCGCGACCUCUCUGACGGCCGCGACCAGUUCACACCUGCACCAGCUGAGACCCGCCGCCUGGCCCAGACAUACUACGGGGUGCGGCGCAACCUGCUGGUGCGCUUCAAGGAUGACACCAUCGAUGAGACUGCUGACCUGGCGGACACGCUGGCAGCGGGCAGCGCUGUGUCAGCAUGCCUGGACCUCGCCAUGCGGACACUGCCAGGCGACCAUGUGCGCCCACUGCGCCAGGUGGUGCCCGAAAUUCCGCAGACUGUCGCUGAUGUGGUCUCGCGAGGCUGCUCCCUGCUCGCCUCCAUGACAGCUGGCACGCCGCUCGCUGACCUGGCGCGCGGCGUCAGCGACACGCUGACGGGGGCGGCGGGGCUGGGGGGCGAGGGGGAGGGCGGCGGAGGGGGGUUGGGGGGGAUGCAGCGCGAUGUGAGGGAGGACAUGGAACAGCUGGUGGAUGAGCUCGCGCCCUUCCUGGGUGCGCUGACCCGGCCAUCCACCGAGUCACCUCGGUUGCUGCCACGGAUAUGA